CACACUUACUUACCUGUAUGUAACAGUUUUAACUUGUAAAUGGUCUCUAGGGCUUGUAAACUACCCCAACGCUUUUCAUGCAGCUAAUUUUAGUUUUAUAAUGGAAUUAUAUAAAUUUGCCGUAAGAUUUCUUGCGUGAGCGUGAGAGUCUGAAAGCGUGAGUGUCACGCCAGAUGCGUGGGAAUUGGUAGCCCUGGUUUAUGGCUUUGAAUUUGAAAAAAAUGUUAUGCAUGGUAGUCAAGAGCAAUCAUAUCAUGACGUUUAUUGAUAUGUUUAGAGGGAGGGGAAGGGAAGGGAUGCUUCAAAAUUCAGGUCAGAUUAAUGUUGUAACAUUUUUUUUUAAUUCAUGGUAGUUUCAGUGAUCCCGUGGUAACUAAGGGCCUAAGUAAUCUUGGUGACUUAAUCACUAGUUAUGUGUAUGAGCCGGUGUUCUGUCGAUAUAUGCUGCAUUGUCGAAAAAUGCUACCGUAGUGCUAAUCGAUAGCCCUAACCCUAACCCCCUAAAACCCUUACCUUAACCCUAACCCCUAAAACCUAACCCUAAUCCCAAAACGGUUGAACUGCACAUGCGCAGAAAGGCUCGAUAGCACGUCUCGAUAGGUAGUAUUUUAUGACAGAACACCGGCUCCUUUACGUGAUUCACUUGAUGUGUGUGCCGUGCGUAACAAUCUCAUGUGAUGACAGACAAGGAUCAUUGUUUUUGGUUGAAUUGGUUUUGAAGCAUUGCCAAACGGUUCAGCCUUCAGUUUUUAGAGCAGUUUUAUCCAGAAAGGGCCGUUGUAUGCUGGUUUUGACUGCAGCUCCUUAAUUAGAGGAUUGAUUGACUGAAGAGUCAUCACACCUGGGAUUGAACAGCUGAGCUAAAGUCUCCACCAUGGUUUGCUGUGCGGCAUGGGGAUGCUCCAAUCGCUCAGAGAAAGGAGUAAAAAUGUAUGGUUUCCCCAGUGACACGAAGAGGAGAAAAAAAUGGUUGGCUCAAGUCCGCAGGAGAAAUUUCACUAUAACGAAUGAUUACAACAACAAAAAACUAUGUCAGGAACAUUUUCAUGCAGACCAAUUUGUGAAGACCAAAAAGGGCAAGACUAGACUGAGAGCAGAUGCUAUUCCCACCAUCUUUGUGCAUCGCCGUGUGGUCAAAAAGAAGAGAGCCCCUAUACUACAAUGCACCCCUCUACUUGUAAAUGUAAAGCACAUAGCUGUUGAGCACAGCUAUAGUGUUAAAGGUAGCACAGCAUUCCUGAGCAGCAGUAGCACUGAUGCUCUGUCACAUAACAGUCCUGCAGCAUCACUGCUCCUCCACCCCGCAGCACCCAGUGCUCCUACGGUCCUCCAACUUCCCUUGGAUGCCGUGAAUCCAAAAUUAGCUGAGCUGCAUCAUAAUACAGAAAGGCUGCCAAAAACUCAAGAAAAUGAAUGGAUUGCUGUAAUCCACGGAGACGCCUGGAAUCCAGGCCCCGAGAUGUGGAUUUCCGGUUGUCAUUCCAUGUCAGGAAAAAAGAGAGAUGAUCCCCUACACCCUGACUUUGUGCCAAGUCUUUUCAGUUUCACCUCCACCACUGAUCAGACUUGGGCUGUCAACAACCUGGAAAGACAUAUACAAUCUCAAGAAGUUUCUGAGAAAAGACAUGUCAACGCAUGUAAAGAGCUAGCUGCCACAGCUCUCCUGAACCUGCAUCAAAGUCCUACCUCAGAAGCAGAAGUACAGGUUGUUGAAAUCCAAAGCCUUGAGGUCCAGACAGAGGAGAGACACAAUGACAUUACCUCAUUACACGAACAGAUUAAAUCUUUAAGCACCAAAUGUCAAUCACUGAGAGAUAAAGUUCACAAAUUAGAAAGUGAGUUGAAGUUUUGUACUCUUGAUGCUUCACAAUUUGAUGACGACAAAAUGAAAUAUUUCACCGGACUACCCAACUUACAGACUUUCAUGUUAUUGUUCAGCAAUGUGUCAUCAGUUCCUCCUGCUACUGCAGAACAGAACAAGCCUACUUGGGAGCUUCUCCUUACAUUGAUGAAACUGCGCCUCAAUCUGUCUGAGGAAUUCUUAGGUCACCUCUUUGGGAUUAAUCAGUCAACAGUAUCUAGAAUCUUUCUCCAUUGGAUACAUGUCAUGGCAAACAAGCUUCAGCCCCUAAUAUUGUGGCCGAAAAGAGAAGACGUAAGACACAGCUUACCAAUAUGUUUUCAGACAUUUUUUAAGAACUGUGUAAGCAUAAUUGACUGCUUUGAGGUUUUCAUAGAGUGUCCUUCAGAUUUAAAAGCUCAAGGUCAAACAUGGAGCAUCUACAAACAAAACAACACUCUGAAGUUUCUUAUUUCAAUCACCCCACAGGGUACCAUCUCCUUUGUGUCAAAGGCCUGGGGUGGACGUUUCACAGACAAACACCUUACCAAAUACAGUGGGUUCCUUGAACAGCUCCUGCCAGGGGACUUGGUACUGGCUGAACGGGAUUUCACCAUGGAGGAUAGUGUUGACUUGUUUUGUGCAGAAUUAGUAACACCUCCAUCCAUGCGAGGGAAGAAACGGCUUAGCCGCAAAGAUAUUAAAUCUGCUCGAGAAAUUUCUGUUGUGAGAAAUCAUGUUAAAAGAGUGAUUGGAGUGUUGAGGCAAAAAUAUACAAUUCUAGGCUCAACUCUGCCUGUAAACCUCAUUAGAGUGGAACAAAAUGGUAAAGUGGAGGAUAGCCUUAUUGACAAGAUAGUGUUAACAUGUUGUGCUCUGUGUAAUCUCUGUCAAACCGUAGUGCCUUCUGAUUGAUGAAGUGAAUAUUAGUUCAUGUAAAAUGUUUUUCAAAUAGCCCAUGUUAUCCUGACUUGAUACUAAAGACAAUGUCAGGCUAUAACAGAAUUUUUAACCAUGGUUUUCAUGAAUAAUACACAGUGGGAAGAAUGGUCAGUCUAAAAGGGGAUUUUUAACCAUAGACAUGAUAUUCAUCAAUAAAAUUCGUCAAAAUGUA